AUGCAAACAGUAAGUAAAAUUUUCCCAAAGGUAUUUUCCCCUGAUGUUAUUAUUCGAAAGAAUUCGAUUUCAAGUAAGGACAUAUAUCGUGAUCUUCGUGUAUUACUGAACAACUUAAGAAAUAAAUCUUUGCUGUCAAAUGAGUUAAAUAAAAAAUUGAUAUUACGGCUCAAUCAAUGUAAUCCUUCAAUGUAUGGUAAUGAUAGAUCGCUGAUUAAACCUUACUAUGAUGAUUUACUACAGUUAAAUCAAAAACAUAAUUCUCUCAAGAGAGAAGAUGAGGAGAAAAUUCAACGUUUAUCGAGAAAUUUAUUACAAACAAUGGAACAUCAGAAUUAUUCAAUUGUCGAAUUAUUAAUCAAAUUAAAAAUGAUUUUUAGUGAUCUAUUAGAAGAUCUUCGGACUAUAGACGAAAUCGAUGAAGAAUGCUUUUCAGAACCGGAAAGUGAACAGGAACAAUUCUUACAUGAACUUAUAAAUGCUCCAUUAGAUGAUAUCCGUAUUUUUCUUGAAAAACGCGGGAAAGCUUUUGGAAAUUAUUAUAGAUCUGAAAUUCUUGAUGAUCUUGCUUACUGUAUUUCUAAUAACAUUUCAAAUUCAAAAGAUUUCUUAGAUAAGCUUUGUGAUUUUCUUCGAAACGAAUUGGCUGAAAAAUACAGUCCAUUAACAGCAAUAGAUUUAAUUACUUAUUCACUAGAAUUGUUGUUUUUCAUAGUCAAUCGAAUUUGUUUUUAUAUUGAAAAGAAAUAA